AUGAAAAGAUUCCGUCCGCACACCUUCCGCAAUGAAGAUGUGCGACCCAAUCAUAACAAACUGGCAGUGAGCCAAGUUCCUAGAAAAAGGGGUCACAUUUCCAUACACCCUUGGCAGGUCCCAGUCCGGUCUGUCCAUCCAGCCUCGACGCAUCCAACUGGUCCCAGUCCGGUCCAUUCCCCCCUGCGACUCCAGCCAGUGAUAAUCUCGGAGGAAGCCGUCCGUCGUUCGUCCACGAUGAGCCCCGUGUUUGCCUCGCAGCUGCUCGUCUGCUUCGCGUGUUUCGCCGCCGUCUUUGCCGGGAUCUCCAGGGAAAGGCUCGUCUUCGAUCCCGAACAUCCGGACACUUGCUUCUCCGAGGUAAUGGGCGAGAUGAAGAAGGACGAAUUGAAAUUCAAUAAUGCAAUCUGCAUCCAGGCCGCGUGCAGCAUCACCGAGAAUGGGAAGGACGUCCCGAGAGUCCAAGUCGUCAUCUCCGGGUGA